GCAGCUUACGCUACUCAUGCCGCCUGAGUUAUAUUUGUGUUUAUAAAGCAUCGGUCUUAAUUACCUGACGGCAGUGUAUACUAGGCCUUGGCUGUUUCACAAUGGUACUACGAUUGAUAUCAGUUGUCAUUCUGGCAGUGAUCGUUGCAAGGGUUUGUAACUUCGUUUAUGUGUCUGGAUUUCAUAAACCAAUAUAUAAACAAUAUCCUGGUCCAUGUAGGCUCGUGCCUGGUGUUGACAGAGGUUCGGAAGACAUAACCGUUUCCAGUGAAGGUUUGGCGUUUAUUUCGUCUGGUCUAUCUUCCCCGCGGUUUGUACAUGAUCCGCAGCGCCAUGCCGAAGGUGUCAAGGGACGAAUCUUGUUAUUUGAUUACAGUCAUCCUGAGAAAAACACCACCGAAUUAUCUAUUGUUGGAAACUUUAGCAAUAAUCAUUUUGACCCACAUGGAAUUAGUUUGUAUCAAAACCCAGUGACAGGUGAAACGCGUUUGUUUGUUGUGAACCACCUUCCAGACUUUAAAGACAGCGUUGAAAUAUUCAGGUUUAUGGAGAAGGAAAAAUCUCUCUAUCAUCUGAAGACCUGCCAAGGAGAGCAUAUGUACAGUCUUAACGAUGUACUGGCAGUUGGACCAGAAUCAUUUUAUUUUACGAACGACAUGUUUUUUACGCAAGGUAUUUUAAGAAUAUUAGAAUUAUAUGCAGGUAUGGCCUGGGGUGGCGUGGGUCUAUACGAUGUGACUGAUAAGAUUCUGCUUCAAGGGAUGAUGUUUGCAAACGGUAUCAAUAUGUCACCUGAUGGAAGGCUGGUGUAUGUAGCCGAGUUUGUCAGAAACACGGUGAAUAUAUAUAAGCGGGUUCCAGAAGAUAACUCUCUAAUCAUUCAAAAGGUGAUCUAUACAUAUACUAGUGUUGACAACAUAGAGGUGGACAAGAAAACUGGCGAUAUAUGGCUUGGGUGUCACCCUGCUCUCUAUACCACAAUAAAACAUAUGGAAAAUACAACUAAGCCAGCAGCCUCCCAAGUUCUGCGACUCCGCCUCAGCUCGAACAGUGAUCCAUACGACAAAGCCGAACUUCGCCAAUUUUUCAUGGAUGGUGGCGAACUAAUCAGCGCAUCCAGUGUGGCUAGCAUGUAUAACGAUGCUAUGUUGAUUGGUAGCGUGACAGAUAGAAUGGUUUAUUGUGAAAUUAAAACUAUUUAG